UGCUCGUUUACACUGCACACUAUACACACCAUGUCGGCGCAGUACGACCGUCUGCCAGCCGACGAGAGGGCAAGCUUUGAGCUCACCGAGCGCGGCGCCGACGCCAACGCCUCGGCCUCGGGCAGCUCGCCCCGCAGCGGCGCACCGCCGCCGCCGUACCGACACUCGCUCGACAGCGUGGGCUCGGGCUCGGACAUUGUCUACCGCGACACGCUGGACGCGGACCCGUUUGACGAGAAGGCCUCGGCCGCGCGGUAUAGCGAGCAGGCUGAGCGCGAGGACGGCGACGACGUCGAUGAGGACGGUAUCGGGUUCCCUGUCGAGCCUCGGCGGCUCCGCCCGCGCAAGAAGUCGCGCAAGAUCCUCGCGGCGCUGAUAUUCAUCGUGCUCGGAGCCGCGGCCAUCGGCAUCCUCGCUGCCUCGGGCUACUCUACCCCGUCGUACAUGGUCAAGAAUGGCAACCGGCACAUCACUAUGGACCAUGUGUUCAACGGCACGUUCAACGCGCACUUCAAGGGCCUCGCAUGGGUCAAGGAGGCUGCAGACGGCACAUACUCUGAGAUCGAUCCCGCGACCAACAACAUUGUGCUGUCGACGAUUGGCGUUGAGAACAAGACGAGGAUCCUCGUCGCCGCCGAGGAUGUCAAGGACCCCGCCACGGGCGAGAAGCUGCACUGGGACGCGUGGGGGCUGUCCGCCGACGCCAAGUACGUCCUCUUCCGCACCAACACCAAGAAGCAGUGGCGCCACUCGUACUUUGCAAACUACUACGUCCACCGCCUGGCGACCAAGAAGACGUUUGCGCUCUGGGCGCCGGCCGACGUGCCCGCCGUGUCCUACGUCAAGUGGUCGCCGACGGGCCACGCGCUGGCGUUGGUUCACGAGAACGACCUGUACGUCGUCCCCGACGCCGAGCUGGUCCAGUCCACGCCCACGCCUAUCCGCGUCACCGACGACGGCUCGGCUGUGGUCUUCAACGGCGUCCCGGACUGGGUGUACGAGGAGGAGGUGUUCCAGACCAACUAUGCCCUGUGGUGGUCGCCCAACUCUGAGACUGUCGCCUUUGUCCGCAGCAACGAGACGGAAGUCAAAGAGUUCAAGCUCCAGUACUACAACCCCACCGACGACGCGUUCUCGGUCCACCCGUACCUCACCGAGCUGGACAUGCGGUACCCCAAGCCCGGAACCCCGAACCCGCUUACUUCGGUGUACACGUUCUCGUUGCGGUCGUACCUGAACAAGGCUACGCUGGAUGCUUCGAAGCAGGUGCUGCACUGGGCUGGUGAGAUGGAGCAGAAGGACCGCAUCAUCGUCGAAGUCGCAUGGGUUGCCGACGACGGACUUAUCGUCAAGGAGAUUGACCGCGCCGCGCGCGUUGGCCAGGUUGUCGUCUUCACCGGCGGCAAGGCCGAGGGCCAGGUCGUCCGCAAGCUUGGCAAGGACGGCGAGGAGGGCGACGACGGCUGGAUUGACCACGGACAGAACGCGCUCCCCGUCAAGGCGCCAGUGGAGGGAUACCUCGACAUUGUGCCCAAGGACGGGUUCGACCACAUUGCGCUGUUCAUGCCCAUCAACGCGACGCAGCCGAUCUGGAUCACGUCGGGCGAGUGGGAGGUGACCAAGAUCAACGGCAUCCACGAGGAGACUGGCACAGUGUUCUACACUGCUGCCAACCCGUCGAUCGACAGGCACGUCCACUCCGUCAACCUCCCCACCACCACCUCGCUGGUCGCGUACGAAGCCGUGUCGGUCGCGCUCACGGACACGUCGGCACCGGGCUACUACGACGUGAGCUUCUCCCCCAAGGCAGGCUACUACAGCCUCACGUACCGUGGACCCCAUGUCCCAUGGCAGCGUGUCGUCCAGGUUGGUGAGGGUGGGCUGGACCUCUUGCUCGAGGACAAUGCCGAGCUCAACACGACCAUCUCCGAGUUCCACCGGCCGAUCGAGACGCGCACCACGUUUGCGAUCAACGGCAACGACCUGAACGUGCAGGAGAUCUGGCCGCCCAACAUCGACACGUCGGGCCGCAAAAAGUACCCCCUCCUGAUCGAGGUGUACGGCGGGCCGUACUCGCAAAAGGUGUCCAACAUGUUCCGGCGCGACUGGCACACGUUCCUGGCCUGCGAGCAAAAGUACAUCAUUGUGCGCAUCGACGGCCGCGGCACAGGCUUCAAGGGCCGCAAGCUGCGCAACCCCAUCCGCGACAACCUUGGCACGCCAGAGGUCGAGGACCAGAUCGCCGCCGCCCGCGAGCUCAUCAAGCGCAAGUACAUUGACCGCAGCCGCGUGGGUAUCUGGGGCUGGAGCUACGGCGGCUUCAUGACGCUCAAGACGCUCGAGGCGAAGUCGGACCUGUUCAACCUGGGUAUGGCCGUCGCACCAGUCACCGACUGGCGGUUCUACGACUCGGUCUACACCGAGCGCUACAUGAACACGCCAGAGGCCAACAAGGACGGCUACGACCGCACGGCCGUGACCAACGUGACCAACUUUGCCGGGCUCGACCUGCUGCUUGCCCACGGCACGGGCGACGACAACGUCCACUUUGCCAACAUGGCGUCGCUGGUCGACAAGCUCACCCAGGAGCGCGUGCGCGGCUGGCGCAUGCGCACCUUUACCGAUUCGGACCACGGCAUUUCGACCCGCGGCGCUAACCGCGAGCUGUACGAGUGGAUGACCGAAUACCUCCAGGAGAAGUGGGGCCACGGCGGCAACGUGCAGCACUAGGACGUUGAUAGAUAGACUUGUCGUAGAUGCCCAUGUAUACCAUUGCAGCA